AUGUCGAGCAUCAUCUCCAGAGCUUCACGAGUAGCCUCUCCUGGCCUUAGUCUUUCCAAUUCGUUGCGAGGCCCGACUCAGCUCACGUACCUUCCUAAGGCCGAGUCGCUCUUUUGUACUCUCUUGAGUGGUCCUGCCAUGAGCAUUAGGACGGCGGCUUCCGACGACGGAAAGCAGUACCUCGUGGUUACUACUAUGGGGGAUAACGUCUCAUUGACACCUGAGGCUGGUAAGCUAAAGCUACAGUCUCAACACUCUCGGUUUGGAGAGUACUUUGCGAGUCGGAGGACGACGAUGACUCCUACGGGAGAGAUUUUCACUGGUCGGCCAAAAGGAUCAGCCUUGAUGAGCGGGUCUCAUCAAGGGGAAGAGGUCUCGCAGUAUCUCUCCAAGUACGCCAACAUCUUGGAACCAGUGGGUGUCAACGUUCACCUCGGGCAAGACCAAAAUCUCAAGCCUACAGCUCACGGCAUCUGCGCCAGCUCUGUCCUUAUCCGCGAGCUUUAUGAGCUCUCUGGCACCGAUUGUGAUGGUACUAGGACCCUGGUCAGCGAGCUUAAGAAAGAUGCUCCCAUCACUUUCAGCAAAGUCAAUCCCCGGGGAGAAGUCUUGGACAACGCGUUCUUGUGGGUUGAUCCAGACGACAGUAGGAUCGCCCCUGAAAGCGCGUUCAGCGUGAACGGAGCGGCUCUUUCGGCGGCAUUUGAGUCUGCUCGCCAAAGGUCGGGGGAAGGCCAAGCUGAUCUGAAAGCCUCUAAUGAAGGAGAGACAGCUUGGAGACAGCAGCUGCCGUAG